AUGGGAUUGCGUUGGAGGAUCUAUUCAGGGAGGGAGGAGAGCACGCUAAUUGAUGUGAGAUCUCUCACACCCACCCACCCACCCACCAUUCUCUGAUCGUAUUGCUGCUUGUGGAUUACAUAGACCGGCGGAGGGGGUCUCACCAGGUUGGGUUUCUGUGUUGCUUGUCUAAAACAGGACGUGCUCAUUCUAAACGAAUCGCCUCUCCUCGGAGGUCGUCAAAGCUCCCAGAGCCCUCGUUUUAGGCAGAGUCCUCACGAGGUAAAACGACGUUGGCCUCCUUCCUCUUAAUCUUUUCUGCUGCCUCUGAGCUUCUGCCGAAUAUGGCUGAGAGAGAGGGUGCAAUACUCAAUCAUUUGCUUCCCUUCCACGCGCUUCAAUCUAAGCUGACUCGUCCUGUUUCCCUUGGCAGCAGCGCGCGAGAAGCUCGUUGAAUCCCGCGCGAUGGAGCGGGAACAUGAUGGUUGAUGUAAGUUUUUUGAUGGCCUGACCCGCUGUGUUCCUCCUAGCUCUGACCGGGGGGGGUACAAGCAGCAGCCUCGCCUCCAUUGCGCUGACUUUGGUUCCCUCUUUGACUUUCUGUCUGCCCCAGGAAGUGGUGAUACUUGACGAUGGAUCGGCGGAGUUGAUCCGGCGGCGCAGCCAUCUUCAGCCAGGUAUGCGGCCGCCGGAGGGUGGUCAGCAGACAAUAGUGACGAGCUCCGGGGUAACCGAGGAGAUGGCCCUGUUGCUCUUCAGGCCGAGAAAAUGUGUGUCCUCCUCCACGGCCUACGCCAACGACGAAACCUGCCGCAUCUGCCAGGUAACUUCAGGGAGAAGACGGACGGUUGGUGGCGCAGCCGAUCAGCCCAGCAGCUUCUCUGACUGCUCGAUGUAUCUUUGUGUCUGGCAGGAGGACUACGACGAGGGCGAAGACAUCGGGAUGCUGAGCUGCGGGCACGCCUUCCACGUUGCCUGCGUUGGGAGAUGGCUGACGCAGAGGAAUGUCUGCCCGAUUUGCAGGAAGACCCCCUUCCUGCCCACUGUGUGAAGACUCCCCUCUCCUCCACCUUCCAUGUAUUUGGGCAUUACAUGAUUCAAGUCACCGUCUCUAAUUAAUGUCCCUAACAAUUGGUUUAUGUCACCAUGUUCUAAGUUAUCAGGAGAUCACACCAACCGUGAUGGGAUGUUGACUUUUUAGGGGUAAUAUAGCGAGGGAUCUGUUUAAGGAAUAAUUAUUCUCCAAAAACAAUGCUUAGAUGGUCCAGUUUAGCUAUCUUCAACUACAUUACUCCCUUUCAAUACAUCAAAUCUUGAAAGAUACUUUAGAUGUAUAUAUAAUUUUAUUUAAAAUAAAUGAUGAGCGUAAAUUCAGAGUGUAAAUUAAUCAAUGAUGAACGUUCAGAACUAAGUAGCCAUUGAAGAUAACCCUGAUUUUAUAUAGAGAACAUUAAUUUUCAACCCUCUCUUUUCUUCUUCUCUUUUUAUAACUUAAAAUUCUAAAAUUAGAUAAAAAAUUGAAACAUUGAAAACCAAGAGAGCACAUCUUUUAAUGAUUCAAAUAUCCUUUACAGUCAAACCAAUGCACAUAUAUAUAUAUAUGUAGAGGUGUUAACACACACACACACAUACAUACAUAUAUAUAUAUAUAUAUAUAUACAUAUUGGAGUUAAAUAGUUCUAGUAUGUCUACUAAGAAUCCCCUCUCAUAUAAAUAAUACAAAAAAUGCAUUUCUUAACAAAGUAAUGAGUUUGCAAUCAAAUUAACUGUAAAAUUUCGCCAAAUAAAACGUGAAUACGAAAUGUAAAUUAUUUCUUAUCAUUUUAAUGGGAAACAUCAUUAAUUUGAGAACACAUUUCAUAAAGUUAUUGCUAAUUAAUAUUCAAUAAUAUUUACAAAAUUCUGAAAAGUGUGUAACCAAUGUGGGUUCAAUAAAAUAAUUUUAUAUCAACAAUGAUCAGAUUGAGAAUUUCAAUCGAUAAAUCCAGCACACUAAUUACACUUAUAUCUUUCAGACGUUCACAUGAAAUGUGAUGCACUAAUCAUUACUUUUCAUCAACGAUCGUUUCUAUAAUAAUUAACAUUUACAAUAUAACCAAUCAAAGUCACAUUUUUUGAGUGAAAAAUUCAUCAGAAUUAUAAAAUUUUAAACAUGAUAAUCAAAGAUAUUUCUUGAAGUACCUUUUUGGCACCAAGUAUCAUUAAUAUUUAGCCGUUCAAGAAAAGGAAAUGGUGUAGACGUCCCGGGGCGGGGCAGCUUCGCAACGGCUAUAUUUCCCCUGCGACACUAAGUUAUCAGAUUCGAGCCUUUUUUUGCGUAUCCGCCCGUUGCGGCGGGAUACGUAAACGGUUCGGCUUUUAGUAGCUCCUCCCGCCUUAGUCUCUCUUGCCGACAACCUUUCUCUCUCUCUCUCUCGCUCUCUGUCCGCUCUGUGGCAGCCCCGGCGGCGUCCCCUUCUUCCUUCUCUUUCCUUCUUCUUGCGCUUCCGAUGAGGGGUGGUGCUGGUUUUCCUCCGCCGACUCCCUGGAUGCGAGUGACGGAGCACGGCGGCGAUCGGCAGGAAGAGGAGUUUCCGAGCCACCUGCUCCCAUGGGAGAUAUGCAGACUGGCCCAAGAUUCCGGGGGCAGCGUGGGCGCGGCUUCCACCGGUGCGCAUCUUUUUCACACCUUACGCGUAUCUCCGAGCCCUCUCCUUCUUGUUGUUAUCUUUUUCUUGCCGCAUAUCGAUCUUUCCCUGUUUUUUCAUCUUUCUUUGCCGGUCCUUUUUUCUCUCGCACCCCCCCUCGCCCUCGUCCCCUCCUUCCACUGCUCAGAGAGAGACUCGUCCUCGCCUCGUGGACCUCUCGUUCCGUUCCCCCUCUCUCUGUCUCUCCGAGAAAGAGCCCUUCUUCUCGCUUCUUCCCGUUCAGGCUUCUUUUAUUUCAAUUCAAGCUCGAGGAGAAAAAGAAAAACCUGGCUGCGAUGGUGGCACUUUCAGGGUCUGAGUUGUCCAGGUUGAUUGAUCCCUUGUUUUUUCCUUGUACCCAUUAAACUCUAUUGGAUGCCCGAAGGACUGCAGCCUGAUUUUCUGCAGUCGGCAUUGAUCACAAGCAGAGGAUGAUUUCUUGACCAGACUCUCUUCCUCCGCCGUUGAUCCGGCUUAAAAACGGGACCGCCGGCAUUGUUCAAGUGCAGAAUUCCAAGGGAAAUACAGUGAUUCUCCGUUUUUUUCACCUUGCGCAGUGGUGCUCCGGGAAUGGGAUCACAUACAAGAUGGGUGUAGAGCACGCUAAUCGACGUGAGAUCUUCCACCCUCACAAACGGCUGAUCAUCUUGCUGCUUCUGGUUCACACAGAACGUCGGCUGCCUCAUCGGGUUCUCUUUGUUUCUUGUCUGAAACAGGACGUGGUCACUCUGAACGAAUCGGCUCUCCUCGGGAGUCGCCGAGGAUCGCGGAGCCCCGGAGGUAUGGAGAGGCGUUAUGGCUUCAGACAAGGCUACCCGCCUUCCUCUCACUUUUCUGCAUCGGAGGAUGAGCAAUGGGCUUCCAUCAGCGGGUUCCAACACAUGAGCCCAAGUGAGAGCCCAGGUGGUCCAUGGGAGGAGGCAUACCCGAUAGGCUUGGAAAGAUGGAGGCUUCCAGAGCAGACGAUGCAAGCUCAAACCAUUGAUCCUGAAAUCCGGAGUUUGGGCAUUAUCAGCAUGAUUAUCCCCGGAAACAUGGUACCCAUUUUGCUCUUUAUUCCCGGUUCUGGCGUUCUUCCGGCAGUAGCUCCGAUUUGGGUGCCCAAGAAGGUCCAAUGAGUCCGUAUCUAGAGAUCUCACCAGAGCCUGCUUCCGGGGCCUCUCCCAGCGGUGUCAUGGGAGCCCCCUCGAACCUGUGGAAUCAUCAGGCAAGAUAUACGAUGACAUUUGAGGUAUUUUCAUGAAUCAAUCUCGUUCAAUUUCGUGUGUUUUGAAUCUUAUUCUCAUCAUUUGUAUGUUAUGAUUUAUUAUAUAGACAUUUUUUGUGUUGCCCAUGACCAGCAUUAAGCUGAAAUGAUUGCUGAACUCGCUGCAUUAUUUACUGGCUCAACCCCUCGCCCUCCUCCCUCCCUCCCCAAAACAAACAAUAAAAGGAAGCAGAAGAAAAAGAAGAAAAGCUUAGUGCGUUGACCUGUGACUUGGAUUUGAUGUAACAAGGUCUCUGAAAAAUACGAUUCCCGUUCUCUAAAUCAAUGAGCUUCUCAAACAUGCUGAAGCUUUCUCUGGAACUACGCACAUCUUGGAAAGUCGCCAAAAGCUGCCUAUUUACUCGUUCAGAUCUGAUUUCACUCUGUUUGCCUUCAGCCUUACAGUAGAUGCGAUUUUUUUCUUACCUUUGCAUCAUCUGGGGAGCAGCAGUAAAAUUCAUGGUGGAGCAUCCCAGAUUCUUUGAUGUUAUUGCUUGCAGCCUUUUUUAUUGCUUUUCUAACCCCAUAAGGGAAAAUUAAUUGGGUUCACUCUUAUUAUCUGAUCCACUCUCCCAAAUAACGCUGUAUACCGUAUUUCUUUAGUCUAACUUUGUGUGGUUUCUCUAUGCAGCAAAGCCCAGAUGCUGCCGACUUCAUGCAAAUGGAGGAAUACAUGAUGAUUGAUGUGAACUCUCAUCAACAUGCUCUGAUUCAGACUACUUACUUGUGUUGGUAACAUACAUUUUCUUAGCAUUCCGUCCCUCUUUUGGCAGGAUGUAAUGACUUUGGAUGAGUCUGUGUACCAUAACAUGCAUCAAGAUAUGCACCUCGACGUCGAUACCAUGUCGUAUGAGGUCAGAUGGUCAAACCCAGUCAUUUCUAGCUCCUCGUUGUCCAGGAUGCAUGUAGUCAACUCCUCGUGGGAAUUAUUUGUUCGUCCUUGACAGGAGCUGUUGACAUUGGAGGAGCAGAUUGGGAACGUAAUCUUGCGUUGGAAAAUGGCUGGUUCAGUAGAAGGUCUGCCCAAUUUGUAAGAAGACGGGUUUGUCUACCUAAAUCCUGACUACUUUUGGGCUUCUUUCUUCCUUACACUUCAUCUGUCUGUUGUUUUGUUCUUCCAGUGUAUAUUUAUAAAUACGUGCAUACAUAUACUUGUGUGAAGAUCAGAUUUAUGAAUCCCUUGGCUUUUAUUCCUCAUUUAAUUCCAUCAAUAAAUGAGUUUCUUGCCUUGUUUGUUGUUUGGGUCAGAGGGAAAUUGUUACUUUCUUUUCUCGCUGAUUGUCCGGUAGCAAUGUGUUUUUUUUCGCUUUAAGCAGGUACAAAACGUUUUGAUCCAGUCGGUUUGCUGCAAGGCAUUUUUUCUAUAAUAUUUUUCUUUAAUAAUAUGCUUCUCUUAGACUCAACAAGGCAUCAUAAACUUAGUUAAGUGACAGUAUGGAUGGAGAUAGUACUGCAAACUUAGUUCUUUCCUAAUUUCUCUCUUUUGGCUGCACCACCAUUUCUUCUUGAGAGCUGACUCUUUCUCUAAUUGCCAGCAGCCAAGAUGGCAAGAUCAAGUCAAUGUUCAUUCGACUCUACCCAAGAAAGAAUAUACCACUGGAGAUGGCAGGUAUUUAUCUGAAUAUAGUUUGCUUCAGAGCCUUGCAGAUGGCCCCGAGGAACAACUAGCAAUGGAGAGGAGAACAAAAUUGGUCCAUCUUUAACCACGGGGCACAUGACAAUUAUGUGCGUGGCGGUGGGUCUCAAUCAAUGGCUGCCUUUCUACAUCCCUGCGUCACAGGAUUACUAGAUCCAAACUCUGAGAAAAAGAAAAGCUCGCCUUUUCACUAGUUACAAAGGAGUUUUGGAAGACACUCGUAAUACAAUGGCCCAGUCCUCCCUCCCCCUAAGACUCAUGGCGACUUCAAUUCUUCCUCUCCAAUAUAGUAUAUAUAAACUUUACUCUGCCCGUCGCCACCACCACUGACUGUCGUACCCUUUUUGUCUAAGUGAUUGUGUACUCUUCUUGAGUCCCUAGGAUUGAGGUUUCUAAAGAUAUUUCACACCCUAUUACUAUAUGAUGAUUUGUUCAUUAGAUCUAGUUUUUACUCCAAUUACUGUAUUCUUCGCCACUUUCUUCAGCUUCACAAAAUCCUUUGUAGAAUCCAUACUAUAUUUCACAGAUUUAACCAAGUCAGGAUAUUACGCAAGAGCUCUCUAUUAGAUUAACAAAUUUACAGGCCAAAUCAGGGAAGAGCCCAAUCCUUCAAGUCUCUAUUAGAUUAACUUGGCUUUCUUCUCCCCUCAAGAUUCACAGCCAGUCUUUCAUCAAGCCAAAUGUAGAACACUGAACUUUUCUGUUUUAGAUAAAUGACUGGUCCUAUUUUUCCAACAUAGAACUGCUACUGUCAGUCUCCUCUGGAUUAAGGUUCUUGAUCACUGGUGGGUACAAAUACAUUCUAAACACAAAAUCAAAAAUGAGUUAUUACUCCUUGGAGUUCAGAUCUAAGCAUCUUUAGAGAGUUGUUUCUCUGUUAUUAUCGUUGAAGAAGUUUAUGUGAAGUCUUUGAACAAUUUCAGUAGUAGCAUGUGCAUGAAGCUUUCAGGUACUCGGAGGAAGUUUAUCUCUACAUUUUGGGCGGUAUAUCACUCCCAUUGUUCCUUUUAUGUACAUUUACAUUGCUUUAGAGGUCUUCGUAUUCAUACAGAGUUUAAUGCACUGCUUCCGACUUUCAGAUAGCAGGUCUCUUCAAUGGUCAUAUUCUUUGCCUUCAACAACUUAAGUUCUAGAAAGGAAUAUUAGCAUUGUAAAAUCCAUAAAAAUUUUUUUUUUUUGAAGUGUGUGUUGUGGGUUUAUUUGCAUUUUGCUCCUCUUCAAGAGAAUUUUAAAAUCUGAUUGAUUCUCAGAUUAGUGACACUAACCUUCACAUAAAAUUAUUUAGUUUAACAUUAUUCAUAAAAAAUAUAUUUUUAAUUUAAUUUAUAAUACUUAAUCUAGUUCAAGUAAAUACUAAAUUUUCUGUCCUUGAGCGGAUUUCACUUUAAAAGACAGGAAUACCGCCGAGGAAGUAUUCAGAGCCACACUAGUAGAAAUAAAUACUAUUCAUCAGACAACAAAUGUUCUGUAACGUUAGUGCUCUACAAAGUGCCUGGUAAGCAAUUUUUUUCAUAUCAUUCUUUCCAAUAAUAGCAUUAUCAUAAAAGCUAAUUUUAAUGAAUGUGCUUCUUUGAUUGUCCAAGUACGAAGCAAAAGACUACCAUUAAGCUAGAAGUUGGAACUCAUUGCUAGACUUUUGGUGUCUUACUAACAUUGGACCUAUAAAAUGAGCAUUCAUCACAAUUGAGGGCUUCCCAGAGAUCCCCUGUAACUGCGAAAUUAUCCAGGGACCUAUAUAAGUAGGGAGCUUUAAAACUUGCUAUCUUAAUAAUCAGGGAAGUAGAUGUUAUUACUGCAUUCCUAAAGUGAAAAUCACAUGGAUCCAUGAGCUGAACUUAAUAAUCAUUGAUUGUCGUUAAAAAAUUGUUUAGUUGAACUAUCCAACAUGGUAUUCUUGUGCAGUACACGUAAAUUGCUGGAUGACUAUAAAAAUUUCGGACUUAUCAAUACAUAUAUGUUGGAGAAGCAGAAGAAAUUUAGGAAUAAAAUAAGAUCAAAAAAUAAAAAUUAAUAGUCAACCCAAAUGCAAAAAUUAGGAUAAGAGGCACUUCUUAAUCUUUGUGCACAUCAGAACACAACAUUUUCUCCUUCCUGAGUGGUGCAUUUAGUGAAUCAAGAGAGCUUUCAUCAAUAACGGGAACACUAGUGGGGAACCGUAUCCUUGAGGGUCCUUAAUAUUUGUUUAUUUAACCUCUCCUCCUGGACUUUCAGAAAGGCCCGAAACAUGAUGCUUUUAGAUUUAGUAUGCCGUUAGUUCUCAGGGAUAAGUUAUUAGUAUUAAAGUCCAUGUUUUUUAUCACUCCAGCGUACUGUCUCAUUCAUGUGGCAGAGCUUGAAUGAAACGCGCUGGGAACUUGAACAGUUAACAUUAAUUUGAUCCUGCUAUCAUUGCCAGAAUCGGGUGGAAAGAAGGCACGCUUCAUGGCGGAUGAGGCUUCCUUUCAUCAGCCUUCUCUCCGGAAUAACCCAAUCUCAUCAUCUCUAGUCUAAUCCAUCACGUAAACCAAAACGCUCCGUGUCAGAGAGUGAACAGGCCAUAGUCUUUUGGAAGUUACAUGUUGGACGGGUUUCUCAGAAUUUCGUAUGAGCCGGAACUCGAACAUCAAAUGAGCAAUUUUUUGAGCAUCAGUGCAUAACAGAUCAACGAAGAUUCUCGUUUGUAUGCCAAAUUCUAUCCAUUCUGGGCACCUCACAUCUCUCAAGAUAUCCAGCACUGACAAAGGAAAUCCUUGGUUCCUUAGAUUUAACGAUAUAUAAGGAACAGUUGCUUUCACUUCAGAAUUUCUGGUAGAUCGACAGACAGACCAUUUGGUGGAAAACGACAGAGAAAGAAUGACCGGGAUAGACGGAUAAAGCAACUAAACGGAACCGAGCGAGCUCGCUCGAAAAUUCCAUUCAAGACAUUCGUCCUAGAAACAGCACUUUUCUUUCGGUGUGGCUCCAUCAUGCGGAGGCUCCGCCAUCAAGCGUCUACCUCCUGAUCCUGUAACCGCCGUCGGUAAGGCAGAGCCCUGGUAGGCCGUCUUAUUCUCGUUAGAAUCUGGGCUGCUUCGGUAGAUGUAGAGAGCAACAACAGAAUUGAAAGGAAAAUUGCCAGCACGACCCCUCCUUUUGGCUGCAUCUUCUACCUCUGCACAAGCUCUCCCGCUUCCUCUUUAGUCGCUCCCGAUAGCUGAAUAAAACUUCGUGCGCUUCUUCUAGUAUAUAGCAUUUCCGGGUGUUCGAAGACAACGGGCAACGUGCUGGAAUUUUGACCAACGGUCAUCGUGAACUGCACGUGGAUAUGAUGAUAUGCAUGAAUAAACGGAGAAUGGAUAACCCUUGAAGUCAGAGAUAAAGAAAGGUUGAAAUUGGAAGAAGACGAAUAAAUAAGAAUUGGUUCAUUCUUUGUGUUCAACAACACGGAGUGUUGAAAUUGUGAAACCUUCACACGUGACGCUGAAAAAGGUGUUCACACGUUGACCUUUGUAGACCGGAAGAGACAUUACUUAUCAACUCGAAUGAACGUUUGGUGAAAAGGCACUCUUCUUAAUCAUGGCGUACAUAGCAACAUAGUAAUUCCUUGACCUUAGAAUGGAGGCGUCAGAGUGUGGAUCAUCAUUCAAGUUGCGACGUGCAUAUCCCUCCUAUGAAGGUCGCUAGGAACUAAGAAAUAGAAUCAUACUUUACAGGCUUUUAGGAAGCGCGUUUCACUUGGCUCUCAACGUCAUAGCCAAGUGAUGAAAGUAUUUUACAGCGACCAAAAUCGAAUUUUUAUUCAUAACUCUAGAGGGUGAAGCUAGAAUAACACUCGCUAAUCUCUUCAAGGUUGAGGCUUUACUUCAGCCAUAAGUGCUAGUCCACAAUUUAUUAUUAAAUGUAUAACAUGUCAUUGCUCUCCUUAGUUUGAGAAUCUCUAUCUACUUGUUUUCGUCUUUGAGAUCAAUAUGCCUCUCAUCUUAGAAAUCUACUAUCAUGUGUCAAAAUACUUUUUCCCUCACAAGUGCCAAUAACAAGAAUAGGGGGAUCAGGUGACAAGAUAACUAGAGUUGAACUCCUAUGAAUGAUAGCUUAUUCUACUUCAAAUCUAGAGUGCAUUUGUACUCUAGCUCUGUUGUAAAUCCAUACUCUAGAUGUGGCUGGUGGAAGGUAAUUAAUCUAUGUUUGCCAAUUAGAGCUAUAAAUCCAUAGGAAGUAAGUGGUUCUAUUCUAUUUAGCAUCCUAGAGUCAAGAAUUUAGAGGAAAUAAGUGAGUUCUCUCCUCUGAUUUCACCCCCUAAUAGCAAGAGCAACGGGGGAGGAGAGAGAGCUUCCUAGAAAUUGGACUGAUUGAAUAUACCAUGUAUUGCCACCUAGACACCUUUGCAACAGGUGGACAUCCCAGAUAUCUUGUUUAGAAAAAUCAUACAGUUGGUAAUUGUUAAGGUCGUCAACUUGAUCUUGUCAUCUUGGCAGGUUGACGUGGAGGAUCGACUGUCAGGAACAAAGGGGGAACCACUACAAGUCUCAUAAGGGAUAAUCAAGACCCAUUGCAAGCUUCACAUUUCAAGCUUGCAAAUGCAAAUGGUGCAACCCAAAGGAUGAGCAAAACAUUGUAAGAGAUACCUACUUAAGCUUCUUCUAUCUAUCCUCUUGCUCUGUCCUUACAAAUCAUUAUUUCAAAUAGUCCAAAGGCCCCCAAAACUCUCAUUUAGAUUCAUUGCUAGCAUAUCGAACUAAAAAAUCACACUAUUCAUUCUUAGAUUAGUAGCUCAUGAAAUGCUGAAGUACUCAUUAAUAAACCCUACCUAAAAAAUCACACUCUUUAAAUAAACAAAGAGUAUGAAAGAGACUAAAACAUAAAUUUCAAGAGUAUGUAUGAUAGAUUCUUUAUAGUGUAUCGUGUGGAUGUAGAAUUUAAAGUUUCUCUUACAACUUGUGUUGAUGGACAAGAAAGAGUGUUGAUGGAGAUUGUACACACUAACUUGUGUUGCUAAGUGCAACAUGUGCAUGAUUUCAACCAAAUAAACAUAUAUAUUACCACGUUAACUAUUGACAUACUAAAAUACAUCUUGAAGUUGUUUUCACAUAAAUCUUGAUGAAAAUAACUUUACAAAGCUAUCGUCGUCCUAUUCUUUUUAAGAGGUUUACAAGUCCAUGAGAUCAGGAAAUCUAUUACAUGAUAGAUUUCAUUGUUAUCACCCCACACUAAUACAAAAGUAUUAGCAUGUAUUUAACCAUAGUUAUAACUAGCUUCUAAGAGUGUCUUUAUAUAAGUCGUAUGCUCACAAAACAUACACUCUAGUUCUGAUCUGGAAAUGAUAGUCUCAUUUUUGUUGUUGGUAAUUUGAGCACUAGAAAUAGCUUUAGGAAAUUGAAAACUCCCAACACAUUUUCUAAAUUGGAUUUCAAAACUUUAAAAGGUGAGAUAAUCAAUUGUUACACACUAUUUCAAAGCUCUUCCAAUAGGCUGUCUAUAGAGAACAAAAUCUCAUAUGUUUGAAAUCAAAUAUAUGAGAUGAAUUGGUUAAAAAAUUGCUCGAUUCCAGAUGUGAGGAGACCCACAAAUUAUGUGCUGCGCCACUGGAUUACCAGAUUCGCGCCUUUUUCUGAACAAAAAAUCCGGCGUAUCUGGGGGCCAAGACUCUCUUGUCGACUUCUUUCUCUCCGCGACGUUGCUGACUCCCACCCUUCUCUUCUCUCUUUGUUUCCCUCGUUCUCUCUCUCUCUCUCUCUCUCUCUCUCUCUCUCUCUCUCUCUUUCUUGCUUGCUCUCUCUCUCUCUCUCGUUCGUCUUGCGCCCCCGGCGGGGGGGCGGUGCUGGGUUUCCUCCACCGACUCCGUGGAAGAGGCAGACACGGCAGCGAUUGGCAGGAAGACGAGGAGGGCAGAUUCCCAGCCACCUGCUCCAGUCGGAGACAUGGAGAGCGGUCCGAGUUUCCGACCGCAGCAGGAGCGCGGCUUCCGCCGGUGAGUAUCCUUUUCACCUCGUCCGCGUAUCUCCGACCCCUCUCCUUCGUCUUGCCAUCUUUUUCUCACUGCGUAUCUCCCAAUCUGUCUUUCUGUCUUUUUCGCCGAUCCGUUUUUUCUCGCAUUCGCCCUCCUCCCCUCUUUCCACUGCUCAGUGAGAGACUCGUCCUCACUUCGCGGGCCUCUCGUUCCGUUCUCCUCGCUUCUUCUGUAGGAUGCAUCUUCUUCUUCCAUAAGGAAAGGAAGAUGGGCGGACGGACAGAUUCUGUAUCGCUCUUCUACCCUCUGGGCUUCUUGAGCUUGCGAUGAAAAAUAAAAAUUUGGCGCCUUUUUCAGUAUCUGAGUUGCCCAAAGGAUUUGCUCGAUCCCCGAAGGUCUGAAACCUGACUUUCUGCCGUCGGGGAUUGUCACAAACAUAUGAUAAUUUUCUGCCGUUGCUUCUCUGACCAAGCUACUUUCUUCAGCCGUUGAUCCGGCCCAGGUGUGGCCAAGGGCAGAACUCAAAUGAAAAAAAGUUGAUCCUCCGUUUCAUUGUCUCUCCGCCGUGGUGCACCGGGAAUGGGAUCGCAUUCAAGGAUGGACGAGAGCACGCUGAUGGACGUAAGAUCUCUCACACACUCGCAUACUCUGGUUGUCUUGCUGUUUCUGGAUCACAUAGACCGGAGGAGAUGAUCUCAUCGGGGUCUGUAUUUUUCGAAAAGAAUCGGCUCUCCUCGAGGAUCGUCGAGUCUCGCAGGGCCCUGGAGGAGAUGUGCAGAGUCCUCAUGAGGUCAGACGAGGUUGCCCUCCUUCCUCAUACUUUUCUGCACCAGAGGGCGACCAAAGGGCUUCAACCAGCGGCUUCCACCACAUGAGUUUAAGUGAGAGCCCAGGUGGUCCAUGGGAGGAGGCAGACCCCAGAGGCUUGGAAAGACGUAACUCAGGCGUUCUUCCACCAGUAGCUCCCAGCUGGAUGCCCCAUCAAGGUUCAACGAGUGGGUAUCUACAGAUGUUAUCAGAGCUUCCUUGUGGCGGCCCCUUGAGCCCAUGGACUUACCAAGCAUUAAGUAUGAUGAUAUUUGAGGUAGGUUUAUGACCCACUCUAGUUCAGUUUCGUCUCUUUCGAGUUACGCGUCUUCUUCUUUUCAUCAUUUUUCUGUUACAGUUUAAUUUUAACGUGAAGUCCAUUGUAUAACGUUCCAGUCUCCAGCGUGGACUUGCUAUUGCACACAUGUAUUGUGUUGCCCUGUGUUUAACUACCCCCAUGACUAGUAUCAGGCUGAUAGGACAACGAUCUCUCUCUCUCUCUCACCCGUCUCUCUCGAAACUCGCCCACCCCCGAGCUGCAUGACUUAUGCUCAGUUUCUGUGUGAUAAAUUGCCCUUUUUAUCCUCCAUAGUUGUGCAGACUCCUGAACCCGCAGUAUUAUUUACAAACUUCAACACUCUUAGGGUUGACCGUGCAAUAGGAUAACGUCGUUCACCUGCACUUGUUAAAUUAGCUUCUGAAAGAUGCCAAUAGCUUCAUCUUUGACGACCAUCCUAAGAUGUGGUAGUCAUUUCCCGUCGAGCUUCUAUCUGAACUCAGUUCUUCAUACCAGGACUGAAUUGUUGGCAGUACUUUCCCGAUCACCCUUCAUUAAAAAUUUCUACUAUUUUUGCCUUCAUCUUUGGCGACCAUCCUAAGAUCCGAUUUUUGUUAGAAUCUUUGAUGUUUGUUGUUGGUGCCGUUUUUAUUACUUUUCUUUCCCCAUAUGGGAAGACUUAUGGUAUUUUUUUAGUAUGGCCUUGUGUGCUUUCUCUCUCUAGGAAGUCCAAAAUGUGCUGGAUCGCAUGCAAAGGGGGAAAAGAAUGAUGAUUGACGUGAGACCUCGUUUAACAUACUCUGCAUUAGAUUACUUUCAUCAGAAGUUUUUCUUGGCAGAAGCCUCCGAUGUGAUGGCGGCAUUACAUUUUCUUAGCAUUCCAUUCCUCUUUGUGCAGCAUGCACUGCUUCUGGAUGAGUCACCAUUCCAUGAAAGUCAACCAGCUAUGAGCCUCAAUGUAGAUAACAUGUCGUAUGAGGUCAGAAAGUAAAACUCAGUCAUUUCUGGGUCCUCCUCGUGCGGAUACAUCUGGUCAACUCAUUAAGGUGAUUAUUUUAUCCAUCCCUGGCGGGAGUUGUUGGCAUUGGAAGAGCAGAUUGGGAAUGUGAGUAUGGGGCUGGCCGAGGACACUGCAGAAGAACUUGAACCAACGGAAAUAUCUCUCUUCUACACCCUGCAAGCAAGAAUCCUGAUGUAUCUGCCAGGUAAAUUGCCAAGAAACCAUCCGGGUUCAUGCAUUUGGCAAUAUUCUAUGGCAUUCACUCCUUUACGCAUGGCAGGAAGAUUAUGCCGAUGGCGAGGAUCUGGGGGUGUUGACUUGUGGACAUGUUUUCCACCUUCUUGUGUUAGAAAAUGGCUGGUUCAGCAGAAUGUCUGCCCGCUCUGCAAGAAGAUGGCCUUAUCCGCCUAA